UGGCUAAUCUAAGUUAAUUAGAAGCACAUAUGAAUUGAGUGGUUGGUAAGAUAAAAUUCAAGCCUUUCCUUUCUAAGAAAACUCGUGUGCACUUGAAGCUUCCUCGAUUCCUUCCAAUCCAAAAUUCCCAAAAUUAUUAUAUUCAAAAUUCUCAAAAUCGAAUUUUUUGACUCAUUUCUAGCACUGGGAUACAUUGAAUUCAACAAUUAGGGUUUAUAUUUUUCUGGUUGAUGCUUGUGGUAGUUUGAAUUUGGGGAAUUAGGGUUUUUGAUUCAUCUGUAAUUUUCCCCAAAUGCAUAGGUUUGGUAUAAUCGACGAGAAGACGCGGAGAAAACCCUAAAUUCUCACUUCAAUGUUGAGCUCCUCUUCUUAUUGUAUCUCUCAUCGUCCCCUAACUUUACCACCAUUAACUAGAAUUAGGGUUCCUAAUCGUCCUGUUAGCUUAUCGUUACUUAAUCGUAGUUUUCGCGCUACCGAUUCUCAUUUCAGCGCUUCAAAAUCUAGAUGGAAGAUUUGUUGUUUUAGGCAAGAGGAGUUUCCAGCUGAGAACUUGAAACCUGAGGUGGUUGAAGAUAUUUUAUCUGAGGAGUUGGUAAAGCCGAAGCUCGAUUUUCAGACAGCUCUUAAACAGGAUUGGAGGUCAGGUCUUCGAGAGGCUGCUGCUUCUGUGUUUAGAGCAAUCGGGGACCGCUGGAAUGUACCAUGGACAGGAGAAACCAUAUUGCAAGUUAUGCUAUUAUGGAUUGCCUCAUUUUGGUUUGUGGGUUCUUGGAUGAUGCCAUUUGCAGCACACAUAGCUGGCUUCAGUAAGGAGUCUUUGACAUAUAGGGGACAAGCAUUUUACAGCCUUUUGACCGAUGUGACAGAAGGCCUAGCAGGGAUUGCCAUCCUUCAUCGAUGCCUGUCACGUUUUCGUCCACUUCCUCCGGGAUGGUUUAAAUUUAGCCUGAAAGGGAACUGGCAUUUUGAUGUUGCCCUUGGAUGCCUCAUGUUUCCCCUGGUUAAUCGUCUCUCUCAAUUCAAUCUUGACAUACUACCUUUAUUGCCAUCAACACCUGGCACUCUCUCAAGCGUUGAGCAGUCUAUCUUAGCACGGGAUCCAGUUGCAAUGGGAUUGUAUGUUGUGGUUGUUUCUGUGUGUGCUCCCAUUUGGGAGGAGAUAGUCUUCCGGGGUUUCCUUCUACCCUCCUUGACGAAGUACAUGCCUGUGUGGUGCUCUAUUUUGGUAAGCUCAGUUGUCUUUGCUCUAGCACAUUUCAAUGUACAGAGGAUGCUUCCGCUUAUUUUUCUGGGGGUUGUCAUGGGUGCUCUCUUUGCUCGAACGAGGAACCUUAUGCCCUCCAUGUUGUUGCACAGUCUGUGGAAUGCAUUUGUAUUCUUAGAUCUAAUGAAGUAAUACCUUAAAACUUCACCUGAUAUAUAACCCAAUAAUUCAUUGGCAUUGCUUCAAUUGAAGCAUUACGGUCUGCAAAGUUGCUCAACCAUUUGGUUUUCACCAUUCAAGCAAAAUCAUCGCAUAGAUUAAUGUAUUGGAUUUUAAUUGAAUUACAGAACUUGCAAGCAUUAAUGAAUUUGGUGAUCUUAAUGUAUAAAUUUUUACACCUGCA